AUGGGUGUUGCAGAAGCCAUAGCUUCGCUGAAGUCCAGACAAGCAGCAUUUCUGGUCCUCAGACUGCUGGAGUUAACUGGCUACAUGUUUCCACCACCAGCCAAGCUUAAGAAUGGUGACAGUUUUGACUACGUCAUAGUAGGAGGAGGAACUUCAGGCAGCGUCGUAGCCACCAGGUUGGCGCAGCAGAGGUACAACGUGCUCCUCAUCGAGGCUGGGCAAGAUGCUCCUUACGAGACUGUCUUUCCAUCUUUGAUGUCAUAUCUCAAACACUCCGAGUCAGAUUGGGCCUAUUCAUCCGAGAAUGACAAAUUCAGUUAUCAAUGUCAUCCGAACAGAAACGCGCAGAUCACCAUCGGCAAAAUGCUGGGAGGAUCAGGUGCUUUAAACCACAUGGUCUACUCGAGAGGGCACCCUCAAAAUUAUGAAGACUGGUACUGGAUCACCAAUGACACCAACUGGAAAUGGAGAAAUGUACUGCCAUACUUCAUCAAGUCAGAAGCAAUUCACGACAUUCGUAUUUUAAAUUCUACUCGACCGGAAUGUUUUUUUGGAAGAGAAGGCUACAUAGGAGUUACUAGAAACGACGAUCCGUAUACUGAUCAAUUUUUAGAAGGCUUUGAACAAAUUGGAAAACAUCUGAUUGACAUAAUUGAUGGAAGUGAAUUAGGAUUUUCACGAGGACUCUUGACAGUACAUGAUCAGAGGAGACAAGAUGCUGGAUCUCAGUACCUUAAGCACGUCACUGACAAUAAAUACCUAGCUGUUGCAAAAGGCUCUUUAGCAACCAGAAUCAUAUUUGACAGAAACAAAAAUGCUGUAGGAGUUGAAGUAAUUACAGAUGAAAAUGAAAUGAUAAUUAUAAAUGCAAGACAAGAAAUAAUUGUAACAGCCGGGGCUAUAAAAACACCUCAACUGUUGAUGUUAUCGGGUGUGGGACCUAAACAUGAUAUAACAAAGCAUCAUAUUGCUGUAGUAGCCGACCUGCCAGUAGGAAAGAAUCUUCAAGAUCACGUAGGUGUUUUUAUUCCUCAUAAAACAAACAAACCUUUGGUAAGAGAAGACACAGAUCCCAGCAAGUAUCCAGCAGGGUUGUUUGUUGGAUAUGCAGCAUUAAAUGAGACAAGAGCAAAGCAUUUGACAAUCCCUGACUACAAAGCCAUGGGUCUUGUAUUUAACGAUUUGGAUUCCAUUGUGCAAAUAUUCUGCGCGUCUGAGAACAAUUUCGCUGAAUCUACCUGUAGUAGGUUAUACCACGAAGCCAAUGGCAACCAAGUCUUAAUAACUUUGUUAAGCAGUCUGUACACAGACUCUCGUGGUCAAGUUCAACUCAGAAGUGGCAAUCCACGAGAUCCACCAAAAAUAUUUACUGGUGCCUUUUCAGACAAUCUUGAUUUAGAACUCUAUGUGAAAUAUGUCCUCGAUUAUUUAACGGUUGAAAAGUCAGCUGCGUUUAAGGCUUUAAAUGCAACGAUGGUGGAUUUGACGAGACCAAGAUGUGAUAGAUACGUAAAGGGAAGUAGAGAAUAUUGGGAAUGCUACAUACUUUGCAUGAUGGUGAGCUUACAACACUAUGCUGGUACCUGCGCCAUGGGAUCUGUAGUAGACAGUAGACUAAGGGUUUAUGGUGUGAAUAAACUGAGGGUAGCAGAUGCAAGUGUUAUGCCAACACUAGUUACGGGGAACCCAAACGCUGCGGUAGUCAUGAUUGCUGAAAGGGCAGCAGAUUUUAUAAUAGAAGAUGCAGGUGCGUACAAUAAUGUUGAGCAUGAAACAAUUAAACGGGAUCAAAUUCAAAACCUACCCGGAAAACUUGUCUGAAAAAUACAUAGUUUGUAAAAACCAUUUUGUAUUUAAGAAAAUAAAUAUACAAGUCAA